AUGAAUAAUGUUUGUCACAUAUUAAAGAAUUAGAAGUUAUAAUUUAUUUAUCUCUAGAAUGUUAAUGAAAACUAAAAUGAUCAAAACGAAAAGCUUUUUGAUUAAAUUUAACGUAUCGAAGAUGAGUUAUCUAAAGGAAGAUUAAAAUACACUCAAAUAGUAAAUGAACUUGAAAAAAAGGAUACAUAAUUAAAAGUAAUAAUUUAACAACCUUUAGGAAUACAUUACAUCAAUCUAAAAUAAUGAGUAGAUAAAUCAAUAGAUUAGAAAAAAAAAUCAAGAAUUAGAGGAAUUAAUUAAUCGGUUAAAAAAUGAAAUUCAAUAGAAAGACACAUAAAUAGGAAAAUUAAUCUCGAAAAUAAAGGAUUAAGAUGAUAAACUUUAAUUGAAAGAUUUGGAAAUUAAAAGUAAUUUUUAUCAUAUAAGUAGAUUAUAUGAAAGAAAAUGAAAAGCAGCAAUAUGCAUCAAUAGAAUAGUAAUAAACCUAACACGAUUCUAUAAAAAAGGAAAAGAAAAGAACUAUUAAUUAUAUGACAAGAAAUAAGAGCAACACAGUUCUUUUAAAAUCAGAAACUUUACAUUCAAGAAGUUAAAGUCAUUAUAUUGGUUAAUUUGAUCUUGAAUAAUUUAAAGAAUAGUGCGCAGCAUCAGUAAAAUCUUAAAAUUCAGAGAGCGAAGAUGAUUAAACAGAUAAAAAAACAUUAAAAUAGGAAAAUGAUGAAUAAUAAGAGUUAGAAAGAUUGAUUGUUGAAUUAAAGAGUAAUCUUGAAGCAAAAACUAAUUAAUUGCAGAUUGUUGAGAAUGAAAAGAAAUAGUGUGAAGCUUAAAUAAUUACAUUAAUGUCAGAGAUUAGUGUUUUUAAGAUAAAAGAGAAAAAAAUGACUUUAUAGUAAAAGUAAUAGGAAAAAAGAUUGACAGAAUUGUAAUCUGGUAAAACCUAGAUCUAUUAUAGAAAAAAAUAAAUUUUAACUUGAAUAGGAGUAAUUAGAAUAGAGAAUGAAUGAAAUAUAAGGUUAACACCAAUAAAAAAUGAAAUUAAUGUCUUCUGUGAUUAAUGAAAAUGAUUAAUUAGUAAGUUUUAAUUUUAAUUAGAAAAAACGAUUGUCUCUUAAUUUAGGAAGAGUAGAAACUUAGCAAUAAAUAGACAAAGAUAUUAUUAAGUUAAAAUAGGAAUACGAUGAUAUGAUUAUGGAGAUGUAAAAAUAAAAUAUGGAUUUGCAGUAAUAACAAAUAUUUAUUUAGCUUUGUGAACGAAGAACUUAUUGAAGAGAAUAAUAAAAUUAAUGAGUAAAUAAAAUAAAUUAGUGAAUAAUAAUUAAGUAAAAAUAAAAAAUUAAUUAGUAUAAAAGAUGAUAUUGUAAAGAUUUAAUAAUUAGAAAAAUAACUUGAAUAAAUGGAAGUUGAAUUAAUUACUUAAAAAUAAAGUAUACUUUAAAAAAUAAACAUAGUUAAUUUAAUGGAUGAUAAAAAUAUAUUUGAAGAUAAAAUUAGUAUCAUAAAAUAGGAGCUUUUAAUUAAUUAUGAUAUAAUAAAUCAAUUAGAAAAAAAUAAACAAAAAGAUAGUUAAAAUGAUACAAUUAUGGAAAACUAGUAAAAUUAUUUAAAAAUUGAAUUAUAAGAAUAAAUAAAAGAGCUUGAAUUAGCAAACAACUAAUUAAAAUAAUAGAUAUAAUAAUAUUAGAUAUUUAAAUAACAAGAGGAGAAAAUAAUAUAAAAUUAAAUGGAGUUAUAAAGUAAUGAUAAUUAUUUAAAAAAUGAAUAAAUUGAAACAUAAUAAGCUAUUAUUUAAGAGUUAGAAUAAAAAAAUAUUGGACUUCAAGAAGAAUUAAAAGAAAAAGAAGCUUUAAAAUUAAAGGAAAUAGAAAUAAUUAAAUUAGAAAUUGAAAAAGGAGUUCAUCAUUUAUUAGAAAAAAAUCAGUAAAUAGAAACAUAAUAAGCUAUUAUUUAAGAGUUAGAAUAAAAAAAUAAUGGACUUCAAGAAGAAUUGAAAUAAAAAGAUUUAUAAAAAUAAUAAGAAGUAGAGUUAAUUAAAGUAGAAAUUGAAAAAGGAGUUCAUCAUUUAUUAGAAAAAAAUCAGUAAAUAGAAACAUAAUAAGCUAUUAUUUAAGAGUUAGAAUAAAAAAAUAAUGGACUUCAAGAAGAAUUGAAAUAAAAAGAUUUAUAAAAAUAAUAAGAAGUAGAGUUAAUUAAAGUAGAAAUUGAAAAAGGAGUUCAUCAUUUAUUAGAAAAAAAUCAGUAAAUAGAAACAUAAUAAGCUAUUAUUUAAGAGUUAGAAUAAAAAAAUAAUGGACUUCAAGAAGAAUUGAAAUAAAAAGAUUUAUAAAAAUAAUAAGAAGUAGAGUUAAUUAAAGUAGAAAUUGAAAAAGGAGUUCAUCAUUUAUUAGAAAAAAAUCAGUAAAUAGAAACAUAAUAAGCUAUUAUUUAAGAGUUAGAAUAAAAAAAUAAUGGACUUCAAGAAGAAUUGAAAUAAAAAGAUUUAUAAAAAUAAUAAGAAGUAGAGUUAAUUAAAGUAGAAAUUGAAAAAGGAGUUCAUCAUUUAUUAGAAAAAAAUCAGUAAAUAGAAACAUAAUAAGCUAUUAUUUAAGAGUUAGAAUAAAAAAAUAAUGGACUUCAAGAAGAAUUGAAAUAAAAAGAUUUAUAAAAAUAAUAAGAAGUAGAGUUAAUUAAAGUAGAAAUUGAAAAAGGAGUUCAUCAUUUAUUAGAAAAAAAUCAGUAAAUAGAAACAUAAUAAGCUAUUAUUUAAGAGUUAGAAUAAAAAAAUAAUGGACUUCAAGAAGAAUUGAAAUAAAAAGAUUUAUAAAAAUAAUAAGAAGUAGAGUUAAUUAAAGUAGAAAUUGAAAAAGGAGUUCAUCAUUUAUUAGAAAAAAAUCAGUAAAUAGAAACAUAAUAAGCUAUUAUUUAAGAGUUAGAAUAAAAAAAUAAUGGACUUCAAGAAGAAUUGAAAUAAAAAGAUUUAUAAAAAUAAUAAGAAGUAGAGUUAAUUAAAGUAGAAAUUGAAAAAGGAGUUCAUCAUUUAUUAGAAAAAAAUCAGUAAAUAGAAACAUAAUAAGCUAUUAUUUAAGAGUUAGAAUAAAAAAAUAAUGGACUUCAAGAAGAAUUGAAAUAAAAAGAUUUAUAAAAAUAAUAAGAAGUAGAGUUAAUUAAAGUAGAAAUUGAAAAAGGAGUUCAUCAUUUAUUAGAAAAAAAUCAGUAAAUAGAAACAUAAUAAGCUAUUAUUUAAGAGUUAGAAUAAAAAAAUAAUGGACUUCAAGAAGAAUUGAAAUAAAAAGAUUUAUAAAAAUAAUAAGAAGUAGAGUUAAUUAAAGUAGAAAUUGAAAAAGGAGUUCAUCAUUUAUUAGAAAAAAAUCAGUAAAUAGAAACAUAAUAAGCUAUUAUUUAAGAGUUAGAAUAAAAAAAUAAUGGACUUCAAGAAGAAUUGAAAUAAAAAGAUUUAUAAAAAUAAUAAGAAGUAGAGUUAAUUAAAGUAGAAAUUGAAAAAGGAGUUCAUCAUUUAUUAGAAAAAAAUCAGUAAAUAGAAACAUAAUAAGCUAUUAUUUAAGAGUUAGAAUAAAAAAAUAAUGGACUUCAAGAAGAAUUGAAAUAAAAAGAUUUAUAAAAAUAAUAAGAAGUAGAGUUAAUUAAAGUAGAAAUUGAAAAAGGAGUUCAUCAUUUAUUAGAAAAAAAUCAGUAAAUAGAAACAUAAUAAGCUAUUAUUUAAGAGUUAGAAUAAAAAAAUAAUGGACUUCAAGAAGAAUUGAAAUAAAAAGAUUUAUAAAAAUAAUAAGAAGUAGAGUUAAUUAAAGUAGAAAUUGAAAAAGGAGUUCAUCAUUUAUUAGAAAAAAAUCAGUAAAUAGAAACAUAAUAAGCUAUUAUUUAAGAGUUAGAAUAAAAAAAUAAUGGACUUCAAGAAGAAUUGAAAUAAAAAGAUUUAUAAAAAUAAUAAGAAGUAGAGUUAAUUAAAGUAGAAAUUGAAAAAGGAGUUCAUCAUUUAUUAGAAAAAAAUCAGUAAAUAGAAACAUAAUAAGCUAUUAUUUAAGAGUUAGAAUAAAAAAAUAAUGGACUUCAAGAAGAAUUGAAAUAAAAAGAUUUAUAAAAAUAAUAAGAAGUAGAGUUAAUUAAAGUAGAAAUUGAAAAAGGAGUUCAUCAUUUAUUAGAAAAAAAUCAGUAAAUAGAAACAUAAUAAGCUAUUAUUUAAGAGUUAGAAUAAAAAAAUAAUGGACUUCAAGAAGAAUUGAAAUAAAAAGAUUUAUAAAAAUAAUAAGAAGUAGAGUUAAUUAAAGUAGAAAUUGAAAAAGGAGUUCAUCAUUUAUUAGAAAAAAAUCAGUAAAUAGAAACAUAAUAAGCUAUUAUUUAAGAGUUAGAAUAAAAAAAUAAUGGACUUCAAGAAGAAUUGAAAUAAAAAGAUUUAUAAAAAUAAUAAGAAGUAGAGUUAAUUAAAGUAGAAAUUGAAAAAGGAGUUCAUCAUUUAUUAGAAAAAAAUCAGUAAAUAGAAACAUAAUAAGCUAUUAUUUAAGAGUUAGAAUAAAAAAAUAAUGGACUUCAAGAAGAAUUGAAAUAAAAAGAUUUAUAAAAAUAAUAAGAAGUAGAGUUAAUUAAAGUAGAAAUUGAAAAAGGAGUUCAUCAUUUAUUAGAAAAAAAUCAGUAAAUAGAAACAUAAUAAGCUAUUAUUUAAGAGUUAGAAUAAAAAAAUAAUGGACUUCAAGAAGAAUUGAAAUAAAAAGAUUUAUAAAAAUAAUAAGAAGUAGAGUUAAUUAAAGUAGAAAUUGAAAAAGGAGUUCAUCAUUUAUUAGAAAAAAAUCAGUAAAUAGAAACAUAAUAAGCUAUUAUUUAAGAGUUAGAAUAAAAAAAUAAUGGACUUCAAGAAGAAUUGAAAUAAAAAGAUUUAUAAAAAUAAUAAGAAGUAGAGUUAAUUAAAGUAGAAAUUGAAAAAGGAGUUCAUCAUUUAUUAGAAAAAAAUCAGUAAAUAGAAACAUAAUAAGCUAUUAUUUAAGAGUUAGAAUAAAAAAAUAAUGGACUUCAAGAAGAAUUGAAAUAAAAAGAUUUAUAAAAAUAAUAAGAAGUAGAGUUAAUUAAAGUAGAAAUUGAAAAAGGAGUUCAUCAUUUAUUAGAAAAAAAUCAGUAAAUAGAAACAUAAUAAGCUAUUAUUUAAGAGUUAGAAUAAAAAAAUAAUGGACUUCAAGAAGAAUUAAAAGAAAAAGAAGCUUUAAAAUUAAAGGAAAUAGAAAUAAUUAAAUUAGAAAUUGAAAAAGGAGUUCAUCAUUUAUUAGAAAAAAAUCAGUAAAUAGAAACAUAAUAAGCUAUUAUUUAAGAGUUAGAAUUAAAAACUAUUUAGCUUAAAUAAGAGUUUGAAUAAGCUAAUUUUUAGAAUUUACAUCAAAUUGAAUAGCUAAAAAUAGAAGAAUAGUAAAAAGAAAAGAUAUUAUAAUAAUAACAUCAAUCUAUUUAAUCUCUAGAAAAACUUAUAGAAUAGCAAAACACUUAAUUAGAAUAAUUAAAAAAUAAUACUUUUAUAUAAAAUCAGGAAUAGUAAAUCUAAAUAUUAUAAUAAGAAAUUCAUGCUCUAAAAUUACAAAUUGAAUAAUAAGAUGAUCAUCAGAAAGUGUACGAAUCAAUUUUGAAUAAAUAAAUAGAAAAACUUAAAUAAAUUAAUUUAAGUCAAUAAACUUAGAUACAUUCUUUAACUUAAGAUAAAGAAAAACUACAGUAAUAAUAUAUAUAUAUAAAAUAGAUCAAUAUGUUCUUAAUUAAAAUAAAUCGAAAAUAUACUCUAAGAUGAAUUACAUAAAAUGUAAGAUAAAAUAGAUGAGUUAUGCAUUGAACUUGACAAAGUUUAAUAACCAUCUACUCGUUCAUCUUCAAUUUCAUCUUAAAAUAAGACAUUGAUAUAUGAGUAGUUCUUUCAUUUAGUAUAUCUAUUUGUUAAAUUAGACUUCUCAAUCAGUUCAGAUGAAUUCAAAUCAUUAAAAUGCAUUUGAUGUGAAACUAAAAUCUUAUUACUCUGAAGUUGUAAAUUAAGGUGUACCUUUUCAUAAAGUAAUAUUUAAUAUAUGAUUAGUGGUCAAAAUGGCUCGAAGAUAAAUUAAAAGAGGAGUUGAAUAAAUUUAAAAGAUGAAUUAAUUGUAUAUUAUAUAUUUUUUGAAUGCAAC